GACAUGGAGGCGUGAAUCAGCUGGGGGGUGUUUUUGUGAACGGCCGCCCCCUCCCAGAUGUCGUUCGCCAAAGGAUCGUGGAGCUCGCCCACCAAGGGGUCCGGCCGUGUGACAUCUCCCGGCAGCUCCGCGUCAGCCACGGCUGCGUCAGCAAAAUACUUGGCAGGUAUUACGAAACCGGGAGUAUUAAGCCUGGAGUGAUUGGAGGAUCAAAACCAAAGGUCGCCACACCCAAAGUCGUUGAAAAAAUAGCAGAGUACAAACGCCAAAAUCCCACCAUGUUUGCCUGGGAGAUCAGGGAUAGACUCCUUGCUGAGCGAGUGUGUGACAACGACACGGUGCCCAGCGUCAGUUCAAUUAACAGGAUCAUAAGGACGAAGGUGCAGCAGCCACCCAAUCAGCAGGUCCCAGCCUCCAGUCACAGCAUAGAGGACCCCCCCCGUGCUCAGGGGCUGCACCGUGCUUUCCAGGCCACGGGGACGUGCCAGCCUGGUUCCCCGGUAAGCACCGACUCUGCCGGCUCAUCCUACUCCAUCAGCGGGAUCCUGGGAAUUGCCUCCCCCGGCACCGAGAGCAACAAACGCAAACGGGAUGAAG